CAAAAAAAAAAUAAAAAUAAAACAAAAAAAAAAAAAUACAACAAUUGUUGUUAAAAUCAUUGCAUAACAGUAAUGAUGCUGGGGACAGGAACGAGAAUGGGCAUAAGGAUAAUGCAAGGAGGCUCUCGCUGGAUAAUGAGGCGAUCUUUGAGCAGCGACCUAAACGCAGCUCUUCAGCCCUUCUAUGCGGCUGUGCACCCAAAAUAUAUGGGCAAACAUCAUUCGUUCGCCCAGCAGAUAAACGAAAAGUCUCUCAAGUUGCUUAGCUCGCAUUUGGAGUCGUUGAGUGAGCACAAGUCCAGUCAAUUGCCUAACAAGGGACAAUUAAGUUUCUACAUGCGCUCUGAAGCCGAUGAGGCAUAUAAUUUAAUACAGAUACAAGUCGAUGAGCAGAUCCUCGAUCCACAUGAGCUUGUACAGAACAUACUACAGAAGUGUCAGUUGACAGAGACCAAUGCGACAGAGAAGACCUCGAAUAUGAAGGGUGUGGAAAUGGCAUCGAAUCAUAACAGUUGGAUGACCAAGACAGCAGCAGCUCGAGCCCGUUCCCAGUCUGGCAAUGAUCUGAAAACGGAAAUCGCCCGACUUGAGAAGACGUUAGUGCAAACUUUGGGAAUUCUUGGUACCCGUUACGAUUGUGGCUGCAAUAUGGAACGAUAUUGUGACUGCUUGAAACAGCUGGAGCAAUUGGCUCAAGCCUAUGGUCCACAAUUGGCAAUGCUAUGCCAAAGGAUUGUCGUCUUUGGCCCAUACACAGGCAUCAGUCUCGAUGGUCAUGUGAUGCUUUUCACGGGAGAUCCAGUCACAAGUUGGUACAGCUUUAUCAAGGAAAUCACAUUGCAUGAGAUCUAUCACAAGUUGGUGCCCCUCUAUGAACAAGCCCUGUCGACCGUCCUGCUGGGCAUUCAGAUUAAAAGGCACAACUUUAUGCCUCUAGCUAGUGAGGCUAAAACCUAUGCGAAUGGCUUACUGCGCGUCAUCAGUUCGAUUAACGAGUCAUGUGAUUCCAGGCCAUUAAUGCAAAAGUUGCCCAAAAGUUGUCUAAAUGACUUUCAUCUGGCGAUUGUGCCCAUUUCGGGUGGUGAGCAACCCAAAAUCACUUCGACAGGUCUCUUCCUAGCCCCAGCAUCGUGUUCAGGUUCGGUUCUGAUUGAUUUCAUUUGCUCGAAUUUGGAAUUGGCCAAGCGGCGAUUUAGUCACUACAAAAGCGAUAUGGCCGAGGAGCGUCAAUUGGUCGAACAAUGUAAGAAAUUACUUCGGCUGGAUAAUCUUACCAAAGAUGAUUCAGUGACUCCCGACAAAAUGGUAUGCACUCUGCGACAUUUGCUCAAAGGUCCAAUUCAAAAUCAUAGCCAAAUUGAACCAAAUGCCAAGUCAUAUGAGAACAUUAGCAUCCAUGUGACCAAUUAUUAUUCAGUAUUAACCGAUGGCAUUAUCUGUAUACCCUGGGAUUUUAUGAAUCGUAAGGCUGUAAGCAAGAUUCAGUAAGGUUAAACAAGAGAAUAUAAAUUCCCUUUAAUCUUUGUUGAUAGAAACAGGAUAGGGUUAACUCUAUUCCCCCAGUGUGCCCCCUAAUGUAUGCAGUAAGCAGCCCAAGAAUUCACUUUUUAAAACAUAUAGAAAGACAUUCCAAAAUAUAAACUUCAUAAAAACUGCUUAA